GGUUCCUUUCACUCUUGUGCCCCCCGUCAAUUCAAGGAUGUUGCAAGCAGACCUCGUAUGCGUGCACAGGUCAGGCUUUCAUGAGCCAGGCAUAACUUUUUUAGGCUGCUUGAUGCAGGAUUACCCCGAGUCCCAUUUCCAGAGCUGCUGCGUUGGUGCCUGCUGUGGCUCAGCUGCAGCUGGCGGAGGGGCCGGGUGGGACAGUGGACAGCAAGGUGGUGAAGCUGCCGGGUGAAACCGAGAGAGUUGAAACAGCAAAGGGAAAAGUGUCCAGAGACGGAGGGGUCUUAGUCUGGUGCAGUUGCUGGAAGAUCUGGAAUCUGCCAUGACAGCAUAGGCACGCAGCGAGAGAUGGAUCGCUUCACCGAGUGCGGGACCCAGACGGACGCGGUGGUGGUGCUGUCCCUGGCGCAGGCUGCGGUUCUGGGCUUGGUGUCUGAGAAUGAGCUUCUCGGGGCCACCGUCAGCCCCGCUGGCUUCUUCCCAGGGCUGGGAGGGGAGCUGCCAGACACCGCCGCAGCAGAGCCCGGGGAGCCGGAGGGCGAGUGCCGGCUGGAGGAUGAGGGGCAGGCGCCGGGGGACGGGCAGGAGGAUGAUGCCUUGGAGGCAGAGUCCUCCCUGGAGAAGCACGCCCGGAGGAGAAAGCGGCCUCCUGUGAGGCUAGUGCCUAAGGUCAAGUGCGAGGAGGCAGAGGAUGAGGUGCUGUACGCAGUGUCCGUCCCUGGGGACGAGGAGGGUGAGCAGCAGCGCAGCCGCCCGCCCCCCCUCCCGGACCCCAGCCAGGAGCAGACGGUGCAGAGCAGUGCCAUGAAGAUGAUCGACCUGGGCACCUUCAGCAGGAAGCCCCGGCGCCUGCGGCACCUGCGCCGGCGCGCGCGCCAGGAGCUGGAGGGCACCGAGCGCCGCCUCGGGGGCGCCCACCCGGCCGGCGCGGUGGAGGGUGGCACUGCGGGGGCCCUGCGGACCGAGUGCGCCUUCGAGGCGGGCACCCCGUCCCCUGGCGAGGCAGAGGCCCCCGCACCGGUGUCCCCCGAGCAGGUGAAAAGCGAGCAGGGCUUCGCCUGGCAGGAGCCAGGGGAGCUGGAGGCAGAGGCGGCGGGUGCCACCAGCGAGCGCAACAAGAAGGCGCAGCUGGACCGGCUGGACAUCAACGUGCAGAUCGACGACUCCUACCUGGUGGAGGCGGGCGACCGCCAGAAGCGCUGGCAGUGCCGCAUGUGCGAGAAGUCCUACACGUCCAAGUACAACCUGGUGACCCACAUCCUGGGCCACAACGGCAUCAAGCCCCACUCCUGCCCGCACUGCAACAAGCUCUUCAAGCAGCCCAGCCACCUGCAGACCCACCUGCUGACCCACCAGGGCACGCGGCCCCACAAGUGCGAGGUGUGCAGCAAGGCCUUCACCCAGACCAGCCACCUGAAGCGGCACAUGCUGCUGCACACCGACAUCAAGCCCUACAGCUGCCGCUUCUGCGGCCGGGGCUUCGCCUACCCCAGCGAGCUGAAGGCGCACGAGGUGAAGCACGAGAGCGGCCGCUGCCACGUCUGCGUGGAGUGCGGGCUGGACUUCUCCACGCUCACCCAGCUGAAGCGGCACCUCUCCACGCACCAGGGCCCCACGCUGUACCAGUGCCUGGAGUGCAGCAAGUCCUUCCACUACCGCAGCCAGCUGCAGAACCACAUGCUGAAGCACCAGAACGUCCGGCCCUUUGUCUGCACCGAGUGUGGGAUGGAGUUCAGCCAGAUCCACCACCUCAAGCAGCACUCCCUCACUCACAAGGGCGUGAAGGAGUUCAAGUGCGAGGUGUGCGGGCGGGAGUUCACCCUGCAGGCCAACAUGAAGCGGCACAUGCUGAUCCACACCAGCGUCCGUCCCUACCAGUGCCACAUCUGCUUCAAGACGUUUGUGCAGAAGCAGACGCUCAAGACCCACAUGAUUGUGCACUCACCGGUGAAGCCAUUCAAAUGCAAGGUCUGCGGGAAGUCCUUCAACCGCAUGUACAACCUGCUGGGCCACAUGCACCUGCACGCGGGGAGCAAGCCCUUCAAGUGUCCCUACUGCUCCAGCAAGUUCAACCUGAAGGGCAACCUGAGCCGGCACAUGAAGGUCAAGCACGGGGUGAUGGACAUCAGCCUGGACAGCCAAGAUCCCAUGAUGGACCUGGCUGGGGCCGACCAUGCUGAGCUGGACGGGCAGCAGGAGAUGGACGACUUCGAGGAGGAGAACUCUUACGGCUACGGAGGGGUGGGCAACGCUCCGGACGAGCACGCCCUGACUGAGCAGGCCAUGAAGGAGAUAGCGUACUACAACAUGUUGUAGCCAAGGCUGGAGGAGGCUGCCGGGGACCUGUGUGGACUUUGCGUGGUAAGAGCAGCUGCUGCUGGCGGGCUGCGGCACCCAGCCAGACCUGCACCACUGCCCCUGGAGAGGGGGGGGCUCCAGCUGAGCUUGGUGAAGGAGAAAACAGGGAUGUCCAAAAACCUUUGCUGGGGUGAAGGCAGGAGCAGAAGCUGGAGGUGGUACAGGGCAGCAGUUGCUGCAGCAGCAGCUUCAAGCUGUUGCCAGACCUUUGCAGAGCCUCUGUGGAGCUCUCGCCGUCGCUGGGGUCCUUCCCUCCUUCCCCACCGCCCCCAGAGAGGGAGCACGGAGCGGUGCACCGGCUGCCUGCGGCUCUCCUGCCCAUCGCUGACCUCCCUUCGCUCUGCUCCUGCCUGCCUGCCCCUCUGGGUGGUGGCAAGCCAGGACCUUGCCUGUCUUCACCCUUGCCUGUACUGCAGUGUCCAGCGUACUUGAAGCUGCAGGCAGGGGAAGGCACGUCCCAGAAGAUGAUGAGCAUUACUAACUAUUCUACCUCCUGGGUCCUCCCCCACGGCUGGGGCUGCAGCCUGGCCAGCCCCCUGCUUCCCCUGCAAGCGCCCUGUGGGGCAGAAGCCCCUCUGCCUGCGGGAGGAUGUGGGUUUGCGCUUCUUGCUCUUCCCCGUCCCCUGGGCAGGCGAGAGCUGUCCUACUUGCUCUGGCACCGGCUGCGGGCUGGCACAGGGAAAGCUGCGGCGACCUGCGCGAGGCCAUGGGGCACAUACAAAACAGAAUAUUUUCUUACAAACUAAUGGCAAAGCUUAGCGGAAGCAGCAGCUCUGAGAAUAGAGCAGCUGUAGCAAGCGCUGUACUUAAAGGAAGGCAAACCCUGUUCAACUUGAGCAAAUGAUGGUAUUUUGAAAGUAAUUUAUUUUUUUCAGAUGUGCCGCGUGGUUGGAUUUAUCUUUUCAAUGAGUUCAGUUUCCUUCAACCAAUGUGCUUUGUAAACCUGUGUAAUGUGUGUGGUCUGUGCGCGGGGAGCGGCGGGGGCUGUGUUGGUGUUCGGAGGGGGCUGAUGACUGGGGUCGGGGGGUCCUGCCACCCCUGGGGCAGCCAAGCACCAGCAGGGCCACGCUAAUGAACCGCAGCCCCAAUCCCUGCACUGCCAGCACCCUUCCUCAGCCCCCCGAGCUGGUCUAGGGCUCAGGAAAAGGCUUUCACUGGGGCGGUGUGCCCUUGGGAUGGCUGUUUGCCUCCUCUGCUCCUAGGUGUUGUGGGGGAGAAAGGAGCUGGGGCAGCCUGGGUGUGAGACCACCCUCCUGGCUUUCCAGCCUCCCUGCUGUAGGGCAGAGGCCCAGGCAGCGCUGGCAGCAUCGCUCCCCCAGCGCUUCCCCCAGCGUGCCCAGGGCCAGGCAGGGUCCCAGCAGGCACCAGUAUCUCCUGGGAGGCUGCAGCAGGCCCAGGACCUGGGCUCCGGCCAGGGCCCCGGCACAGGGUCUGGGACCCCCGAGCUGACCUCUGCCGCGCACACUGCAGGUGGCUGAGCAAGCAGAGGCACGAUUCCCACCGCUCUCCCUGGGGCAGGGCACCAUCUGCCCCAUCCCCAAAAGCCCCAGGCUGCCUCUAGGGCAUGGCACCCCUCAGACCCCCCAGGCUCCCAGCCCCCAUCAAGGCAGGGUGCCCCCCAGCCUUGCCAUCUUCAUUCCCUGCUCCAACUUUCUCCAGCCCCCCUCCAUGCUCCCAGCCAGCACAGCUCCCCCCGCUUCCCCACACUACCUCAGUCCUAGUACCAAAAAGCCAUGGCGCAUGUCCCCACGUCCUGGACAAGGGUGGGCUGGCAAGGCCAAGCCGAGGGGGUCUUUGCUGUGCUGGGAAGCAGACCUGGGCGGCUGCGGCACUGAGCUUUGCCCUGUGGGACAAGGCCAGGGGGUCUCGUGCUGGUGGCACAGCAGGCACUGGUGGCCGCAUGGCUCCCUGAUCCCCCCCUCACAUACGUGGAGCGUUCAGCCACCCCUUGUGCAAAGCCCUACUGUGUUUUGGUUGGUUUUUAUCUCCUUGGUUUGAGGAGUUGUUUAGCAAUAAUUCCAAUAAAUGCAUAUUCUUUAGCCGCUGGCUGCCUCCUGCGGCUGGCGCCCGCCCCGUGCCCAGGCCGCGAGAGCUGUGCCACCACGCGCCGUGGGCCGGUGAGGUGUUUAAUGGCUACUGGCACCGCGAGGUGGGAGGGUACAUGAAUGAAUGCAGGACAGGCCCCCCCCCGGACUCCCCCCUGGUCCUACAUAGCCCUGCUAGAAAGGCUUUAAAAACACUCGUAAGAAAACUGCUUAUAAAAAU